ACAUUUAUUUUUUUAAUCGUCGCGUAAAAGUGACUGUAAUAUUUUAACCUUUUAUUUUUCUUUUUGAAAAUUUGGCAAAUAGCUAUGAAUAUUUAUGUAUAAAUGUAUAAAAAAUUUAUAUAAAUGAAUAAAAUUGACUAAUAGAAAUAUCUUAAUUACAUAUAUUGUUUACAUUUAACCAAAAAAAAAAUUAACUUUUCCAUACAUAUAUAACAUCUUAAGUGGAAAAUAUAUAUACAUAUAUCUAUAUAUACAUUAUUUACAUACAUAUAUACAAAAGAUAAAUAUACGUAUUACGUAUAUAGGUACACACCAUAAUUUAAAAAUCUGAUGAAAACGCUUCAAAAGGAAAAGCAAGUUGUGAAAUAGUUAUAAUUAUAUAUUAUAAAAAGUUCGAUCUUACGCGUAUUUAAAUAUAAAAUUGAUUUUAAAUAAUUGUAUUAUAUACAUAAUAAUUUAUCUACAUACAUACAAAUAUGGUGUGAUUUAAAAAUUUUGGAAAAAAAAAAUAAUGAUUAAAAGAAAGAAAAAAAUUCUAGGUAAAUAAUCACAAACUACUAAAAAUAGAAUAAAAAAGAAGAUAAUCUAAUUAAGGUGCAAUACAAUAGACAACAGGUUCUAGAAACAAAAUAUACUAUUACACACUUGCGUCUCAUUAUUUUGGAUAAAAUAAAAAUUUUAUUUUUCAAACAUAAUUGGAUUAUUUUUAUUUCCGUAGUACCUACCUAGCCACAUAUUUUAUAAUUGUGCUAAAGUAAUAAAAAUUUUUAUAUUGUUACAGCAAAGAUUUACCUCCAAAUUGUUACAAAUUCCUUGUAUGAUGGCAAAAAAUGGCGGCUAGACCUUCAAGGCCGCCGGAAUUAAAGUUAUCGAAUAACGAAGAAGAAGAAGAGGAAGAGAACUCAUCCACAAUAAUAAAUUCAAGUUAUAAUAAUACACCAAAUACUUCUUUGUUAAAAGAUCAACCAAAACAACAAAGUCGAUGUCCAAAAAUUGCAAGCAAAAACGAUUGCUCUUGUACAAAUAUAAGUAUAAUGCACUUAUUUCAUGAAAUGAAACAAAAAUUUCCAACUGUACCUGAUAAUAUCGUUAAUCAAUGUGUUAUAAGCAAUUGUCACGAUCGUGAAAAUUGCAUAAGAAGCUUACAAAAUGAGUUAAAUUUAUAUUCAACAACAUCACAAUCUUAUCCUUCAAAUGCACUUCGUAUUCAACAAAGUCCAAAUAAUAUUCAGUCAGUACCAAUACAAUUUGUACAGCAGGAAAACGUAAAUGCUGUAAAUGAAACAAAUUUUUCAAAUGAUAAUGUUGAUAAACAACCUCAUUUGAAUGUUAACUCAAAUAAUAGUAAUAAGGUUCUUAAACCGAUUCGGCCAGCUCCUGCUCCCCAAAUUAAUUUAAAAAAUAUAAAUUGUGAUCUUACAAAAAAUAGUUUUAAUAGUAAACAACAGUCUGUACAAAAAAGUUCUAAUACUUGCGCGGACACAGUCACAUCUAUAAUUGAUAAUAGAACAAAUAUUUUACCUCCAUCGCAACCACAACGACCUACAACAUUAAAGUUUCGUGAACCAAUUACAAAUGAUUAUCGAUUUCAACAAAAUAAGGCUCAAGAGUCCGCAACUAAUAAGACAAAUAAUGUUCAACUUAAACCAGUUCGCAAGGCUCCAGCACCACCAGUCUCAAUUAUGUCACCAUCGGGUGAUAAUCUAACACCGUUAAGUUCUUCGUCGUCUCAAAAUACUACCACACCUACAACAACAUCAAUAUCUCAAAAAAAUUUAAUAAAUCAGCAAAAUUUUCCAAAUUUCGAUCAUAGUUACAGCUCGUCAAUACAAAGUCCAUUCUCGGAUUCAACUGAAUCUGAAAUUUCAGUUAAUAUUUCUUUAUCACCAACAUCAGAGCGUUCAAGAAUGUCAACGAUAGCGGCAACAACAACUAUUGGACAAAAUGCUCAGCCACAAAUACCAAGAAGGAUAACAUCUAUUACACUUCAACCUGAACCACCAUACACUCGUGAUUUUAUGAUACAAAAUAAUAAUCCUUCUUCUACUCCAUCGCAACGAAGCUAUACAUCAUUAAAUUUAACAUUACGUAAACCAACCAAUACUCCACAAUCUCCGAUCGAUAUCACAGCUGGCCCAGGUUUAUCGUAUUCUAGUUCAAGUUUUGAUGCUGGACUGGGGGUACAAAAAAAUUUUCAUAUAAGCGUUAAUGCAGAAGGCGGUGUAUUUCGGGCAAGUAGCAUAAGGCCAAAAAGUUUUCCUAUGAAACCAAUACCACAUUCUGAAGAAGAAUUUCGAAAUAAUCAACCACCAAAUAUGCUGAGACCAGCGACCUCAGAACAAAAUUUCUAUAAAAAUAUAAUGCAAAGUACUUGUGAUAAAUUUAAUAAAAAUGUUGUAAUUGAUUCACCUUUAAGAGAUAAACAAAAAAAUAAUGUAAAACUUCAAUUAGUUGAACGUCAAAAAGUUCGAAAGGAGCAAUUAAUAAAAGCAAUUGAAAAAAAUCGUAAAAAGUUGCAACAAGUUCAAGAGGAAAUACAUAUUUUAAAAUCACCAGAAACCCCUGGUGAAUCUGAAAGACUGGAUUAUGAUAUUGAAAUUCUGCGUAGUAAUUGUGAGCAUCUUUUUAAUGAAAUUGAAAAUUCAAAAAGAUUAGUUGGUCAACAAAAUUUAUCAAUUGCAAAUGAAUAUAAUAACAGUAGUAGUCAAAUAAGACAAAGGCCACCGCGACCACCACCACCACGGUUAACACAUAUAACGAGUUUACAAUCAGCUAAUAAUGAAACUAUGAUGAAUUCUCCAUCAUCGAUGUCACUCACGUCAUCGUCGUUCUUAUCAUCAAACAUAAACGCUGGAAGAAAUUUAUCUACAUCAGCACCAACAAAUUUGGGUUAUAAUACAGCAACAACAAACAUACAAAAUUUAACUGAUGAAGAUGGUCCACAGUGGUCUUGCAAACAUUGUACAUUCCUAAAUAAUCCAUUAAUGAUUAGAUGUGAAAAUUGUGACUACGAUAGAGAAAUUCCUGGUACAUUAAAUGCUAUUUCAAAUCAUAAUUUAGUUAAUUAUAAUAAUAGUAAUCAUAAUUAUCAUAUGAGCUUUAUUAAUAGUAAUAAUAAUAAUUUGCCUAAUAUUAACAACAAUAAUAAUAUUAUAGGUGGUACGUUAAAUGUUUCAACGAUACCACCAUUAACAACAACAAUGACGGCAACAACAACAUCAACCACAAUAUCAACUAAUUCUGCAGCAUUUGUUGAUAAUACCAGUUUUGAAAAUAAUAAUCUGCCAUCAACUGCUUAUAAUUGCUUAUAACAAAAAUUAAAUAGUUUUAUUUGAAUUUACUUUUAGUUCAUUAUUAUUUUUUUUGUCAAAUUUAUUUUUAAUUUUUAAUAUAAAAUAUGCAUUUUAUUCAGAAAAUCAACAUAAAAAAAUUCUAAACAAAUGAAUAAAUCUUUUAAAAGCACUAAAUAAAUUUACAAUAAAUUGGUAAAGAAUUUUUUUGAAGAUUCUUACAUUUAUUUUCUUAUUCACAUUAAUGACAAUUAAGCAAAGUUUAAUUACAGCGAAUAUUAGAAGCAAAAUCAUUCAUUUGCAGGUUUUUUUGUUUAAAAUUGAAUUUAUAUAGUAGCAAUAAAUUAAUAUGCAUUUUCUUUUUUUUCAUAAAAACAUUUAAUAAUUUUGUGAUAUAAUAUUGUAAAAUAUAGCAAUAAGCAAGUUUUUAAAUAAAUUGGGAAAAAUUAUUAUAUUGUUUUCACAAUUUCCAGUAUGUGAAAAUUAACUAUUAGAAAAAGUGCCCAUAAAACAAUUAGAAAAAUAUAAAGCAACAUUUUUUUUCAUAUUGUAAAACUGCUGUUGAAAACAAUUAUUGCAAAUAUAGCGACACGGAUGGUCUGAAUAUAUUUUAGAAGUUUUGUAAAAAAUGUAAUUCAUGUAUUAUUUGUCCUUCUCUAAACUAAGGCUCUAAACAGUUUUUAAAAAAUUAUUUCAAAUUAGUUCUAAAUUUAAAUUUAGACCAGAACAGUUUAAGAAUGUAAAAAAAGUAAUAUUAAUUUUUAACUUAAAAUUGUUUUGACAAUAAUAUUUUAUUAUUUUUACACAAUUGAAAUCUAUUCUAUUUUCCUCAUGUCGUUUAUGCAUAAUUUUUUGAAAAUUAUGCAUAAAAUCAAGAAUUCUAAUUUUACCGUCCAAUUACUAUAACUAUUAAAAAAUAUACACUAAGUGAACUUUAGAAAAACAAGAGCAAACAAUUUCCAAUGCGACAAAAAAUUUGUAAUUAUAUAACUAAGCUGCUUACUGAAAAUAAAGUUCAAUUCAAUAUCAAAUAUAUUAAAUAAUAUAUAAUAUAAUAUAAAUAAUAUAAUAUAACAUAUAAUUAAUGAACAUCAUCUCUGAAAAUCAUUAUGUGAUAUUAAUCAAAUAAAUAAUUAAAUAGUUUAACUAGCAUAAACAAAGAAAGUAAAGUUGAAAAUAUUUAAAAAAAAAUUGCAUGUUAAUUAUUUGUAAAUUUAAUUAAAUAUUAAAAAAAAUGAAACCGUAAA